ACUCACAUUGGUUGGUGUACCCUUGCAUUCAAGUUUUUGGCUCUUUGGACGGAGAGAACGAGAGAGCGAAGAAGAAUGGGUGCGAUUCUGUCUAGUCUUCUGGGCGGAGGAGCUGCCACGGCCGAAGAAUCAUCUUCAUCGUCGGAGCCAUCUCGCGUCCUAUCAUUCCACUCAUCCAACAGAUGGCAACUUCACUUCAAUUCCUCCAAACAAAUCCCCAAAUUGAUGGUGGUGGAUUUCUCGGCAUCGUGGUGUGGGCCCUGCAAGUUCAUAGAGCCGGCAAUUCACGCCAUGGCCGCCAAGUUCACCGAUGUCGAGUUCGUCAAAAUCGAUGUCGAUGAAUUAUCGGAUGUGGCGCAGGAGUUUGGGGUGCAGGGGAUGCCGACGUUCGUGUUGCUGAAGCAAGGGAAGGAGGUUGGGAGGAUCGUUGGGGCGAAGAAGGAUGAGCUGGAGAAGAUGGUUGAGAAGCACAGAGAGAAACCAAAGUUUGCUGCUUGAUUGAUUUGAUUAGUAAACAAUUCACUCAUUAUCCUUCUAUGUUUCUUUUGCUUAUUUAUGCAGAGAAUGAGAACCAAUUGUGAUGUUGAUUGUGUUGAAUGUGUCUGUUGUUUGGUAAUUGGAAACUUGCAAACUCAAUUUGCCUUCAAUUGAAAAUAUGAAUUUGCUUGCAUUUACCUUCA